AUGUGGCUAUUCGAAGCCUGCCCAGCGAGUUGUGCCCAGCAGAAAGUGAGCAUUCUAGAACACUGCCAGGACGAAUUUGGCGCUAAUCAGUUUGGUAGACUAGUCGACAAGCUUUCCAACAACAUCGAACAGUACAAGACCAUCUUGACAAAGCUGUACGGAGUCAAGAACCUGGAAUCGCUCGCUAAUCUUCCGCGGGAAGAAUUGCUAGAACUGGCUCUGUCAUCCUCAGCGAACCACCCAACGACAUCACCAUCGGCGGCCGACUCGCAAGCCUUAUCCGACGCCCAAGCUGGAUCUGAUGGAGCCGAGAGCUUGGAAGCGCUCGAGCAGGCGCCGCCUGAAGAUCCUUACUGGGACGAGGCACGGAAGCACCAACUCCGUGUCCAAGGCAUCUCCGACGAUGUGAACGGGCUAUCAAUGUCGGUCGACCGCCUGUCUUCUUACGUUGGCAUCUCGUCAAUCACAGCCGCACUAAAGGUUAUCGUGCGAUGCGCGCCUCAGGCACGUUCACUAAUCGCACAUAACAGCCAGGAGACUGCGCUACCAAGCCGUGCAGGCUCACCGCCACCAGAGCUAGCAGAUAACAGACCUGAUGCUCUACCGCCUCCUCAGCAUGGCCAAGAAUUGCUUGAAAGCUACUUCGACCGCGUUCAUCCUUUUUGUCCUAUGAUCGAUGAGCGCAAGUUUUGGUCCACGUUCUUAUACGGUAACCGCAAGGACUCAGCAUGGCUUGCACUACUCAACAUGGUCUUCGCGCUGGGGUCGCUUGCCUCCCUAGCUGCGGACAACGAAGCUCACUAUGUCUACUUCAAUCGGUCUCGGCGGCACCUGUCUCUCGAGUCGUUCGGAAGCGGCAAUCUGGAAGUCCUCCAGGCUCUGGCUAUCAUGAGCGGAUACUACAUGCAUUACCUCAACCGCCCGAAUGAAGCGCAUUCGUUGAUGGGGGGUACGCUUCGUAUGGCUACUGCGCUUGGUCUGCAUCGUGAGUACUCAGAGCGGAGCGACGCGAGUAGACAGUUUAUGGCGCCGGGUGAGGAAGACUCGAUAUCGCCUGAGAUGCGCCGGCGCAUCUGGUGGAGUCUGUUUUGCUUGGAUUCGUGGGCUUCGACUACGACUGGACGGCCUUCGCUGGGAAGAAUGGGGCCGUCAAUUACUGUUCUGAGACCAGGCACGGCUGUGAACGCUCCUCAGAGUAUUCCACUACCCAAUAGCCCUCAGUACAUCGAGCAGCUCAAGAUCCUUCCUCUAGUUCACGCCUCAGCAUUCUGUCAGAUCGCUACGAGGAUACAGGACCGACUUGUCGAGUCGCCACUCCUUUCCUCUACAGAGACAGCCAGCUACGACGCGCAGGUUGUAAAGUGGCACGAAGAGCUACCAUCAAUCCUUUCCAACCCCGAUGAGCCGUGUCCAGAGUUUCUCCGACGAACGCGCUUGGUCAUGAAGUGGAGGUUUCAAAACAUCCGCAUCAUCCUCCACCGCCCCAUCUUGCUCACUGCCGCACUCCGACGCUCCCCAUGGGUCGCCCUGAGCGCAGACGAAAAGGUCGCAGUAGGCAAAUGCCGACUGAUCGCCUCCAAGACCAUCGAAGAGAUCAGCCAGGAAUGCAUGCCCGACCUCAUCUCCGGUUGGAACGCAGUUUGGUUCUGCUUCCAAGCGUGCAUGGUCCCACUCGUCUCCCUCUUCAGCGACACGAGCAUACCAGAAGAAGUCGAAAAAUGGAAGACCAGUAUCGAAACAGCACUCACAUUCUUCGAGACAGUCAAAGACUGGAGUAUCGCAGCGAAAAGAAGCGGCGACGCAGUCACUCGCCUCUACGCAGCAUACAAAACGAACGUCUCUACACUAUCACACCAAACCCAGCCAACCAUGCCACACAUCCCGCACCCCCAACAGUACCACCCACAACAACCUCAUCCCCACAGCCAGACACAUACCCACUUCGCCAUCCCCGGUUCCUCGACCGCACCUCCCAUGCUCAACACCCACGCCGCCGCCUACACACCACAGCACCCAUCGAUGCCACAACCCCAACAGCAACACCCAUCUUCCUUCGGCCACCACUAUAACCCUGCAACACCCACCUGGGCCAGCGCCAGCAACGACCCCACUAUUCUGAACAAUUUCUGGGACGACAUGAUGUGGGAUACCAAUUUGCCGGAUAUGCUCGAGACACCGUUUGGCCUAGGGAAUGAAUAUGAGUUUGGUGGUGCGGCGCAGGAUUCUGGGGCGCAGGGCGCGUGUUGGAUGCAUGGGAACUAA